CUUCUAGCUGCCUGACUUAGCGGGAAACCGGCUUUUCGCCUUGUGGAGCACAGAUUAUUCAAGUAUUGAUUUUUUUUUUUGUUGUGGGUUUUUUUUUUUAUGAAGUUCGCUCCUUAUAAUUUGGUUUUAAAGCGCUACGGUCAAAAACAGAGCAGUGACAAAGCUCAAAACUCACCGCCUGCGCUCAAUUUUCUUCCUGGCCCGUACGCUAACACCUGACGCUAGUUAGCUGGAUCGUCGCGUUAGCUAACGGGGACGUAGAUGAUGAUGCGCUAGACACAACAGAGAACAUACUGGCUGAGUAAAAGUAGACAAAGGGCUACCGCUUUCCGUCACAGACAUAUAAGACUACCUGAAAUGAGUAUGUUCAAUCUAGACCGCUUUCGAUUCGAGAAGAAGGGAGCCAACAAAGAUCCAGGUUGCGUGUCCAAAAGUCCGGAUUCUGAAAAGGAGAACAAGCCAGCUCAGAUGAAAUCAUUUAAAGCCACGGCAAAGUCCCACGCACGAGGUGUGGUUUUUGAAGAAGUCAUUACCAUAGAUUUGGAGGAAGAUGAUGUCAUGGCCGAGCCAAACACAAAAAUACAAAUUCCCACAAAGAACAAAAGCUCAGUUCAGAAGCUACCAAAAGAUAUAGCACCACUUCAUACAGAUGACGAGGAUGAGGAGAUGGAUGAGAAGAUAAACAAACUACUGGAAUUGUUUCCUCAACUACCAAGAACUGAAGCUGUAGAGGUCUGUGGGAGUACGAGCACGUUGGAGGGCGCUGUAGCUGUCUGCCUUUUAAGAUUUGGGGACAAAGAAGCUCCAAAUGAUGGCAAGAAGCGAAAGCAGGAUGGAUCCAGCUGUUCUCAGGACAGUGGUGAUAUUCAACCGAGUAAAAAACGGAAACCGUCUUUGGUCUCUGAUGAAGAGGGCGAAGGGGAAGAACCAAGCUGGGAAAAGCAGGAGGCCAUGGUGAAAAAACUCCAGAAACGGUUUCCGGACCAGGACAAGGAGGAGUUGAGGAUGGUGCUUCAGGAGCACAACUGGGAUGUGGAAGAAGCUCUGCAGGUUCUUCAGAUGUUCUCAGAAUCAGAUAAUAGUAGCACCAGCUUGGUUAUUCCAAAAGAGCAGAAAUCAAAGGGCAAAGCUGAAUCAACCAGGAAUUACUCAGAGGAUAACAGUGAAUCAGAUAGGAUGAGUACAGAUACAGAAAACAGUUCUACCGACUCUGAUAAUUCAGAAAAGCCAAAACCAAAAAGGAAACAAAGGUCAAUCAGAGAUUACAAAGACUCAAAUGUUCAGAAGUCUACUAAAAGAAAAAGAGAAGCACAUCAUGAGGAUCCUAAAGACCAUAGAGACGUUGAUAAAGCAAAUGGGAACAGCACAGAUAAUACAAAGGACAGUGAAGACGAGUCGGAGCCGGAGGACUCAAAAGCCUCCAAACUCAAUGCUAACAUUCAUACUAUGCACUCAGAGAUUGCGUUUUUAUCAUGCUCUCGUAUGCGAACCUCUACCUCAUCCACCUCAAAGGCUUCACCUUCCUCCUCGGCCUCCCAGGUUUUGUCCAAGUUUUCUAGCGACACGGGACUCGCAAAGAAGCAGGCGGCGGAGAGAAAGAAGAAGGCACGAGCUGCUGAAGAACAAAUCAGUUCUGAUGAUGAUGAAGAGGACGUAGUAACAAGCGAGUUUGAGGACUCUGACGACGAGCUGGAGAGCAUCAAUGUCAAGAAGGAUGUGAAAGAUGAAAUACUUGCGUUUUUCCAGGAUGCUUCAAUAGACGAACUGUCGCUGAUUUCUGGCUGUUCUGUUAAAAAGGCCCAGAGGAUCGUGGAACUGAGACCCUUUGACAGCUGGGAAUCCCUGUGGGAUGUCUUCCACAAGGGAAACGGACUCUCAGAUGAUUUGAUGCACGGCUGCAAGGUCGUCCUCAAAGAAAGGAAGGUUAUCCUUGGACUCAUGUCUAAAUGUCGGACCAUUUCCACAAAAAUGGUGAAACAGGUCACAGAGGUGAUGGGGAGUGGGACUGGCUCCACAAAACAGCCCAGUUUACUUAACAGCCAGUUGCAGCUCAAACCGUAUCAGCUGAUUGGUCUAAAGUGGCUUAUGCUUCUGAAUGAACACAAACUGAGUGGCAUCCUUGCUGAUGAAAUGGGUUUGGGGAAAACCAUCCAGGCUAUAGCAUUUCUUGCUCAGCUGUAUGAGAACGGAAUAGAAGGUCCUCAUCUCAUCACUGUGCCUUCCUCCACCCUGGAUAACUGGGUUAGAGAGCUGAGGCUGUGGUGUCCAGCUCUUGAAGUUCUUAUUUAUUAUGGAUCUGUGGAAGAGCGACGCUACCUCAAACAUGACAUCCUGAACGGGGAAGUCCAUUUUAACGUGAUUGUGACGACGUAUAACUUGGCCAUAGGGAACGACAGCGAUCGAUCUCUUUUUCGUAAGCUGCCUAUCAAAUAUGCCAUCUUUGAUGAAGGCCACAUGUUAAAGAACAUGAACAGUCUGCGCUACCGCCACCUAAUGGCCAUUAAUGCCGAGCAUCGCCUCCUGCUGACAGGAACUCCCUUGCAAAACAACCUGUUAGAGCUGAUGUCGCUGUUGAAUUUCAUAAUGCCUACCAUGUUCUCCAGCUCCACAAUGCAGCUCUCCAAGAUGUUUUCUAUGAAAUCUCAUGAGGAACAAAGUCGAUUUGAGAGGGAUCGAAUUACUCAAGCCAAACUCAUCAUGAAACCCUUUAUCUUGCGACGAGUCAAAAAUGAGGUUCUCAAGCAGCUUCCGGCCAAAGAAGAAAAGAUCGAGUUCUGCUCCAUGAGCGAGAAACAGCAGGUUCUCUACGAAGCGCUGCUAAAGAAACUAAAGAGCACCACUAAUGGAGAGAAGCGUGAGCUGUGCAAUGUGAUGAUGCAGCUGAGGAAGAUGGCCAACCAUCCUCUUCUUCACAGACAGUACUACACCACAGAAAAGCUUCAGGCUAUGAGCCAACUUAUGCUCAAGGAGCCAACCCACCACGACGCCAGUGCUGCUUUGAUUCAGGAAGAUAUGGAGGUGAUGUCAGAUUUCGAGCUGCAUCGUCUGUGUCAGCAGUAUUCCUCUAUCGGCUCCUUCCAGCUCGACACCAGUCUCCUUCUCGACUCUGGGAAAUUCCUCCACCUAAAAGAGCUGCUGGCCUCUCUAAAAAGCCAGGGAGACAGAGUGGUGCUAUUCAGUCAGUUUACCAUGAUGUUGGACAUUGUGGAAGUUCUCCUGAAACAUCUACAGCAUCGUUACGUCAGACUGGAUGGAUCCACUCCUAUAGCUGACAGGAUUGUUUUGAUUGACGAGUACAACACAGACCCAGACAUAUUCGUGUUCCUGUUAUCGACGCGUGCCGGUGGGCUCGGCAUCAACCUCACCUCUGCCAACGUUGUCAUCCUGCACGACAUCGACUACAAUCCCUACAACGACAAACAGGCAGAGGAUAGAUGUCACCGCGUGGGCCAGACCAGGACUGUACAGGUGAUGAAGCUGAUCAGUAAGGACAGCAUAGAGGACUGCAUCCUGCAGCUCGGACAGAAGAAGCUAAAGUUGGAACAGGACAUGACUGCUGCUGACCAAGAUGAUGAAGGAAGCAUUCCUGAAGAUAUGGCCUCUUUACUCAAAGCCUCUCUGGGAUUGUGAAGAACAUCAGCCUUGACACUCGGCUGAACUGAUGAAGUCUUGUGACUGUAUGCAGGCUGCUGCCAACAAUAUUCUGCCUUGAAACGAGCUGUAGCACGGUAACUGUGCCUAAAUCACAAUUUUACCUGCUCCGUUCUCCCCCCACAUGUGAACUGCCUUUUUGUUUCCAGGCUCUGUACAUGUUUUGCUGCGUCAGCCAGCUGUAGAAGUCAUAAAGGGUUUAGUAUUAAAAGGGAAGCAAAAAAUGAAUCACUUCAUUUCACAUGUCAUGCUCAUAAUUAUUCAUAUAUUUUGGUUUGAGUUUCUGUUUAAAGUACACUUACCAAAAGUUUUAAAAUAGGAUCAUUUUGAAAGCAUGAUGCAUGCAAAAAGUACCUUCAGGUAAGAGACUGAUACUUUCACAAGGCAGCUGUUCAUGUACUGUAUUCGGGGCCAAUGCAUUGUAAAUGUACAGGUGUUACUGUAAAAGUUCUUUCCUAAGUCCUUUGUAUGUUUUAAGGUUCAUGUUUGAACUUACAAUAAACUUUUUUGCAAUAAUC